AUGCUGCCCAACCGGUACCACUUCACGGAGAUCAUUCAGCAGGUAACACUCAACCAGUACCCCUCCACGGACGGCUACAAGUCACCCGCCUCGCCCUCUCACUGGUCUCGUGCUCCGGCCUCGCCCUCUCACUGGUCUCGUGCUCCGGCCUCGCCCUCUCACUGGUCUCGUGCUCCGGCCUCGCCCUCUCACUGGUCUCGUGCUCCGGCCUCGCCCUCUCACUGGUCUCGUGCUCCGGCCUCGCCCUCACUGGUCUCGUGCUCCGGCCUCGCCCUCUCACUGGUCUCGUGCUCCGGCCUCGCCCUCACUGGUCUCGUGCUCCGGCCUCGCCCUCGGUCUCGUGCUCCGGCCUCGCCCUCUCACUGGUCUCGUGCUCCGGCCUCGCCCUCUCACUGGUCUCGUGCUCCGGCCUCGCCCUCUCACUGGUCUCGUGCUCCGGCCUCGCCCUCUCACUGGUCUCGUGCUCCGGCCUCGCCCUCUCACUGGUCUCGUGCUCCGGCCUCGCCCUCUCACUGGUCUCGUGCACCGGCCUCGCCCUCUCACUGGUCUCGUGCACCGGCCUCGCCCUCUCACUGGUCUCGUGCACCGGCCUCGCCCUCUCACUGGUCUCGUGCUCCGGCCUCGCCCUCUCACUGGUCUCGUGCUCCGGCCUCGCCCUCUCACUGGUCUCGUGCUCCGGCCUCGCCCUCUCACUGGUCUCGUGCUCCGGCCUCGCCCUCUCACUGGUCUCGUGCUCCGGCCUCGCCCUCACUGGUCUCGUGCUCCGGCCUCGCCCUCUCACUGGUCUCGUGCUCCGGCCUCGCCCUCUCACUGGUCUCGUGCACCGGCCUCGCCCUCUCACUGGUCUCGUGCUCCGGCCUCGCCCUCUCACUGGCCUCGUGCUCCGGCCUCGCCCUCUCACUGGCCUCGUGCUCCGGCCUCGCCCUCUCACUGGCCUCGUGCUCCGGCCUCGCCCUCUCACUGGCCUCGUGCUCCGGCCUCGCCCUCCCACUGGUCUCGUGCUCCGGCCUCGCCCUCCCACUGGUCUCGUGCUCCGGCCUCGCCCUCUCACUGGCCUCGUGCUCCGGCCUCGCCCUCCCACUGGUCUCGUGCUCCGGCCUCGCCCUCUCACUGGCCUCGUGCUCCGGCCUCGCCCUCCCACUGGUCUCGUACUUGUACAGUAUACUGAUGGUAGGUCGAGGUAGUGAAGCAAGCGAUGCCCAGACUAUAGACGGUGCCACGCUGGUGUUAUGCCAUGGCACUCUCGUCCCAACUGCCUUGUUUGACACGCUCGUUAAUACAAAGGAACAAAUGACUGGGAUAGAGCAGGAGAAGACGGCUUUGUAUGUUUGUAGUAUAUUCAAGACUCCCACUUAG